AUGAAUGAAUCUGGAUUAAAUGAAGUGACAGAAUCAUCAUAUUAUGAAGUAAAUAAUUUUAAUUUCUAUAUGAUGGAUAUCGUAAGAAUGUGGAUAUCAGGUUAUUCAUUUUCAGAAAUAUCAACUACAUUUGAAAAGAUAUUUGAUGGAAAUAUAAUUAGAGGAUUUAAAAGAUUAGAAGAAAUACUUAGACAAUUAGCUAGUGCUGCUAAUGUAAUAGGAAAUCAAGAGUUAGUUAAUUUAUUUAGUCAAGGAAUAUUUUUAAUAAAAAAAGAUAUUGUUUUUGCUAAUAGUUUAUACUUGUAA